UCCCCUUGAGAAACCAUCCCACCCACUGUUCCUCCCCGAGAAGACCAAACAAGAAGAGAUGGCCUCCUCUUCUUCACCUCCAUUGCUGCCCUUGCUUCUUCUCCUCUGCAUGUUCAGUGCCCUCACGGCCCAUGCCAGCGGUAAGGGCAUGGCCCUCUACUGGGGCUGGCACGUGAACAAUAUCACUGCCGCCGGCCUCGAGAUGGCGUGCAAGACCGGCCAGUUCGAUCAAGUGAACAUAGCCUUCCUUACCGACUUCGGGUACGGGAAGCCGCCGACGCCGGACUUCGGAACCGGAUGCGAUGCCCCCUCCGGCGGCUGCAAGUACCUGCAGGCGGAGAUCGAGUACUGCCAGAGCGUGAACGUGAAGGUCCUGCUCUCCAUCGGCGGCUUCGACGCCACCUACCGGCUGCCCAACGAGGAGGAGGCCCACCGCCUGGCCGCCCACGUCUACGAUGUCUACCUCAGCGGCUACGGCGUGGACGGGCCGUUGGGGAAGGUGAAGCUCGACGGCGUCGACUUCUGGAUCAACGACACGCUGUCCACGGCCUACUGGGACGUGGUGGCGGAGGACCUGAAGAGGUUCGACGAGAAGCUGAUACUGACGGGCUCUCAGGCGUGCCACCACAGCCUCGGGGUGCCGGACAUCCCCAUCUACUACGCGCUGAAGACGGGGCUGUUCUCCAGGGUGUGGGCACGUGUCUUCGGGGACUACUACCCGUGCGUAUACGAGCGGGGGAACACGGCGUCGUUCGAGUCGGCGGUGAGAAACUGGACGACAGAUUUCGAGGGGUACGUGGGAGACUUCCGCAUCGCCGUCGACUGCCACCCGAAGUACAUCAGGGGCUUCAUCCCGCCGGAGGAGAUCGAAGGUGCGCUGGACAUCGUGAGGAAGUAUCCGACGUACUCGGGCGUCGCGGUGUGGAACCGGCACUGGGACGUGAAGUACAUGGAGGAUGGGUAUGCCAACGGGCCUUACAGCGAGGCCAUAUAUCCCCACGUCCAAGACAGCCUUGAGCCUGAUGAUGACGACGCCGUCCGCCACAACCAUCUCCACGAGGUCGUUUUCUAAGAAAGGGGCGACUGUGUAGCCCAUUCUAUUCUCCUUUGUAGCCUUGGAGAUAACUAAAUAAAAAUAAAAAUGUUUAAGUUCUCAGUUAGAAA